AUGGCCGACGCAGAAGUCCGUGCCGCUUCGGACAGCAAGAAGUGCCAUCUCCUCGAACUCCCAUCUGAGCUAAGGAAUCGCAUCUGGGAAGGAGCAGCACGAGAAGACAACAUUAUUCGGCUGAAUCUACGCAAAGGCCCAUGCACGCCAGAAUGGGUGUUCGCUGGUCAACAAAUCUUCCGCGAAGCAGUCCCACCUGGGCCGCCAUCAACCGCUUCACCGCCGAGCUUCAAGAAGUCCAAAACGUGGGCGACAUAG